AUGAGGCAUGAAUGGCACCCUACCAACGACACGCUCGCGAGCACCAACUUUGCUGCAAUAUACAGCCACUUCAGCAGAGACGUUUCCUUUUACCCAAACUACACUUUCCCCUUCAACUUCAGCUACAACGACUACGAUCUACCCCUGGACGAUGGCGAUGACGUGACCAAGACCCGCACUUUCUUCGCCGCCAAGAUCGUCAUCGGCGUGGCGCUGGUUGGUAUCAUGCUGGUCUGUGGCAUCGGCAACUUUGUCUUCAUCGCCGCCCUGGCCCGAUAUAAGAAGCUGCGCAAUCUCACCAACCUUCUCAUUGCAAACCUGGCUAUCUCUGACUUCAUUGUGGCCAUCGUCUGCUGCCCUUUUGAGAUGGACUACUAUGUGGUCCGGCAGCUGUCCUGGGAGCAUGGCCAUGUGCUCUGCGCCUCGGUCAACUACUUGCGCACUGUCUCACUCUACGUCUCCACCAAUGCGCUCUUGGCGAUUGCUGUGGACAGGUAAGGAGGGUAAUUGAAAAUGGGUUUGCCUGUAGCUAGAGAGGGUGGGAUCUGCCAGUUUCUCAUUUCCCACAUCUUAAAUUCAGUUCUCCACCCAAUUUUUGUUUUUGUUUUCUUCUUCCAAAGCCUCAGCAUUUUGGUGCAAAUUCCUCCUAAUAAACUCAUUUUUAUGUGCAAUUUUGACGGAUGUAUACAUUUGUGCAAGCAAAUAUCCAUAAGAGAAUGCAAUCUUGGAUGUUAUUUUCACUAAUGUAUUGAUUUUUAUGUGCACCGUUCCCUAAUAUAUGCAUUUUUAUCAACAACGAUUCCUUGGAGAACCAUAUCGCAAAAUUGCGUGAACUUCUAAGGGAUGUGUAUUUUGGUUCUAUAUUGUAGAAUAUAUUUUAGAAUAUAUUUCAUGUACACUAUUCCCUAACAUAUGCAUUUUUAUCAACACCGAUUGCUUGGAGAACUGCAUUGGAAAAUUGUGUGAACUUCUAAGGCAUGUGUAUUUUGGUUCUAUAUUGUAGAAUAUAUUUUAGAAUAUAUUUCAUGCACUCUAUUAUCCAAACAGAUUUUCCCUUUAAAUACACAUUAGCAAUUUAAAUACUGAACAGUUAAUUAGGCACUCAAGUCUUCUCUCCGCUUCAGAAUCUAUGUACAUCGUGCUCCAAAAUGCAACACACUUCGCAGUGUACACACUUCACAGCAUCUCAGAGGCUUGAGGUGAAAGGACUUUGUGACAUUUUGGCUUAGCAGAGUGGAUGAUGCAGACUGUUUUCCCAGCAAAGGGCAACCUGAUUCUUCUUUUUUCAUUUUUUGCAAUUUAAUCUUUAUUGAUUUUGCAUAUUAAGUCCAUUCACCACAAAAAGAACAAAAGAAAAAACAAAGCCCAUCAAAUACAAAGAAAACGUUACAUAUAAAAUAAAAUCAUUCCAUACGUUAAGACUCCUGUCUUCCUCAGUACGCGUCCUUCAUUUCCUUGUUGUCUGCAUAUUGUAUGACCUUUAACUUAUCAUAAAUUACCUAUAAUCUUUGUCGCAUAUAACAUCGCAGAAGUGAAUCAAAGCAUGUCAAAGAUUUCAUAUAUGGACAAUGCUCUUUUGAAUAUAAUCGGUAUAUAUCCCAUUCUUUGUUAAACCUUUGCAGUGCUUUUUUUCUGGGGGUACCCUUAACAUUUUGUGAAUCUAAGUUUGGCCUCAUUGAGGCGCAGUAUUUCAAUAUAAGUAGGAAAAUGAGAGUACCUCUAAACAUUUUUUUUAAAGAAAAAAAGCACUGAACUUUGGGUUUGUCUGGUUCCUAAUUUUUCCUGUCAUCUUUGCCAAUUCUGCAUGAUCAAAUAAUUUCGCUUGCCACUCCAUUUUAGUUGGUAUUGUAUCUCCCUUCCACCAUUUGGCUAUCAGCAUUCUUGUGGCAGAAGGGCAACCUGUUUCAGCCCUGGGGCUUGCAAUACUCGAUAGAAGGAUUUCCUUUUCCUUGCACACCUUCUCAGGCAGCCCAUUGUUUUGCACCUCUGAUCUGGACACGAAUUAUCCUUCCAGGUCCCUGUGCUCUAUCUUUCCAGGCUGUUUUAGCCAUCAGUUGUGGGGAAAGAGAGAGAAGGGGUGCCAAAAGCAGGUUUAAAAGCCAUGAAAGAAAUACUUCAUCUCUUAAUCUUUUAUUUAAACAAAAAUCCAGAUAAAUAAAUGCCUAGGAUUGAUUUCAUUUCAUUUCAUUACCAUUUAAUAUUAAAAAUCGCUCAGCAGGUGAGCUUGUGAGUAUGCAAGGAUGCAUUACAGUGGAUUAUCUUUUGUUUCCAAUUCAAAGCAUGAUUCAGCAGAAGCAAAAAAGAUUUCUUUUUCAAUUUAUGAGAAAAUUUAGGUUGAAGCACUGCUUCAUAAUCACUGCAAAGGAUUUCAGUCCUGGGAUCAAACGUCUGCAAUCAAAGCUAGCUUUUGCUGCAUGUGGCUUAUCCAGCCAUCCUGUUAUUUCAAAAACGAGUUUCUAGUCAUCUUGAAGUUUUAAAACAAUAUCCUCUCUGAGUGUGAAACAUGAGCAUGAUUUGAAAGAGAUACCUUGGGAACUAGCAAUAAUUAUCAUUAAGGAGCUGGUGGGGAUAGUGUAUGCCAUUAGUAUACCAAAUUGCCAAGCAGAACCAGAAGCACGCAGCAAUUGGCAGAGUCUAUCCUCCUUUAUAAAAAGAAUAAUAAUAAUCAUUUUAUUACUUAUACCUCACCCAUCUGGCUGGGUUUCCCCAGCCACUCUGGACAGCUUCCAGCACAUAUAAAAACAUUUUUAAAAUGGAUGGCAAACAUUAAAAACAUCCGGAGCUUGAGGGUCACAUAACUAGUAUUUGUACUGAAGGGCACUUCCAAGAAACUUGCUUAUUGAACAUUUAUCCGGAUUUUUUUUGGGGGGGUAGGCUAGACCAUGUUGCCUCAAAGCACUUUUUCCAGUGCAAAGCAGUGAAAGCAGAUUUGUUGUGCAAGACCUCUUAAUCAACUGUGGUUGUGCAAUCUGAAUUUCCUGGCAUGUGGUCGAAUCCCAUUCAACAGUCUGAAAGUGCCCCAAAGCCAAAUAAACUUUGCCUCCUCUUUGCAUAACAACCUAAUUUUGACAGGUCAGAAUGGCGUCUUUGGGGUUUUCAGCAUCUUUUGAAAUUACCAAUAAUACGGCAGACUUGUUGGCGCACAAACAUAAAUGGCCUUUGACGAAUCCAUUUCUACAGACUAUUAUUGUUUAGUGAUCAUAUAAUGGCCGUAUCUUUGCAAUAUGGGAUCAUAAUCUGGAAGAGCGGCAAUCUUCUCUCUCUCUCUCUCUUAGUCUGACUCAGCUCUGGAGAGACCAGUAUUAUUUUUGCAAUUAUGUUUAGUGCCAAGGAAAUUUAUUUUCUGAAUGUUUUAUAUAAAAACGUAGGCUUGUAACAUCAAUGGAAAAUCUACAGCUAAUGUUCCUCCAUUGUAAUAGGACACAUUAAUAUAUAAGAAAUGUGUUUAGUAUACAGCCACAUAUCAGAAAAAAAAGAACUACACUGAUAAAUGUCCAAGAUUUUAAUUCUGAAGCAGAAAUAAAGAGUAACAACAUGCUUCUCAAGGAGUGAGACUAGUAGAAUGCAAAGUAUUAGGCUUCGGGAAGAGAAUUCAGUAGAGGUGAAAGUUGAAGGGGGGAACCUAGUAGCUUAAUGGGCAGUCUGGCUUUGUGAAACACCAAUGUAGCUUUGAAAUUGGUUUUAUGUAGCAUUCUCUUCUCUGAUAAGAGGCCCGCGGUAACCUAGAAAGGGAAUUAAAAAUCACAGUGCAUUCUGAUACUCCUUCAAGAGCUAGUAGAAGUCGAUUGCAAGAUUGAUGGAACAACUGUCACCAUCCCCAUUGUCACUUCCAUGCAGCGCUUGUUGUCUAUUACCAGUUCACCUGCAGAGCAAUUUUUAAGAAACUAAAGUCACAGAAGCUGAAAUAUUUCAUCUUAAGCAUUUUUCCAUCUGGAUUUUUUUUAAAAAAAUUAAAAAUAUGCUAUUUUCUUACAUCUGUGGGUUUUAUUCCCCCCCCCCACUUCCUCCCUCUUCCCCUGUUCUCCAGUUACCCGAACUCAGCUUCUAUCUUCACCGACAUCUGUGGAUACUUGAGUCCUUGUGGAAGAGAAAUUCAUUUCGGUUCUCCUUUAAAGCCAAAUUUGCGCUAUCGAAUUUGCACUUUCUGAAACAAUAUGAGAACCGAGCGCAGCUAGCCUUCAAAAUUUGGACUCAUCAGAAUUUUGCAAUGCAAUUCUCCAGCCCAACGAUGUUUGCAAAACGUUAGAGGAAAGUGUGUAUAAUAGAAAAUAGCAUACAAAAAUGCAUUAUGUUAGGGGAAAAUUUGCUUGCAAAAAUGUGUGCAUUAGUGAAAAGCGCAUAUGAAAAGAUUAAUCGUAGCAUCAUGGAGUUGGAAGAGACCACAAGGGUCAUCUAUUCCAACCCCCUGCAAUGUAGAAAUCUUUUGCCCAACGUGGGGCUCAAACUCGUGACCCUGAGAUUAAGAGUCUCAUGCUUUUCUGACUGAGCUAUAAAAAAAUGCAUGAAGCUCUAUGCAGUCCCAGGGACGCGUGGCGCUGUGGUUUAAACCACAGAGCCUAGGGCUUGCCGAUCAGAAGGUCGGCGGUUCAAAUCCCCACGAUGGGGUGAGCUCCCAUUACUUGAUCCCUGCUCCUGCCCACCUAGCAGUUUGAAAGCACGUCAAAGUACAAGCAGAUAAAUAGGUAUCGCUCCGGUGGGUAGGUAAACGGCAUUUCCGUGUGCUGCUCUGGUUCGCCAGAAGCGGCUUAGUCAUGCUGGCCACAUGACCCGGAAGCUGUACUCCGGCUCCCUUGGCCAAUAAAGCGAGAUGAGCACCGCAACCCCAGAGUUGGCCAUGACUGGACCUAAUGGUCAGGGGUCCCUUUACCUUUACUACGCAGUCCCAUAUGAUCUAACUCCUGUGAUGCAAUCCCUUGUGUACAGAGGGGAAUCGUUUUAGUCUGUUAGAGGUGAGAGUGGGGGCUGUAGAAGGGGACACAGAGCAUGGCCAAUUUCUCAUGCUUUGCCUAUGGGAGAAGCAAGGGACCCCCUUAGAGUGUAAUGCUGGGAGCUCCUCUAUCUAGACUCAGGUUGUAUAUAUGUGUAAAUAAGGUAAAGGGAAUGGGACACGUCCUCUUGUACUUGCCGAUUGGAAGGUCAGCAGUUCGAAUCCCUGUGACAGGGUGAACUCCCAUUGCUCUGUCCCAGCUCCUGCCAACCUAGCAGUUCAAAAGCACACCAGUGCAAGUAGAUAAAUAGGUACUGCUGCGGCGGAAAGGUAAACGGCGUUUCUGUGCACUCUGGUUUCCAUCAUGGUGUCCCGUUGUGCCAGAAGCGGCUUAGUCAUGCUCGCCACAUGACCCGGAAAGCUGUCUGUGGACAAACGCCGGCUCCCUCGGCCUGAAAAAUGAGAUGAGCACCACACCACAUAGUCACUUUUGACUGGACUUAACCAUCCAGGGGUCCUUUACCUUUUUACCUUUUAUGUGUAAAUAAACCAUAUAUCAUAAAGACACUUCAGUCUCUGCAGAUCCUCACUUCCAGAAGGAAACACAAACCCUGGGUAAGUGCCUGGAACCACUGGAAUCUCUCACUGCAUGGAGAUUGGGAUGGCAUUUAACACAAUAUAUAGAUGAUAUAGAUAUAUAGAUAUAGAUAUAGAUAUAGAUAUAGAUAUAGAUAUAGAUAUAGAUAUAGAUAUAGAUAUAGAUAUAGAUAUGGAAGGAGAUGAAUAAUAUUAGUAAUGAUACUACUAAUGAUACAGUGAAACAUACAUAUAUGUUCAGUAGCCCCAACCCCUGCUCUUCUACCAAUCGGCUGGGGAGCAGGGAGAGAUUCUGCUGCACUUGAAUGAGGUAGGAAACAAGGGGGAGCGAAGCCCUCUUUUUACCUUAACAAAUGACCUCUGGAAGAGCCAUUGCAAGAAGGUCUUGAAUGAUCUCUCCUUCUUGGUUCCUCAGCUAUAAGACCUUCUUACGAUGAUGCUGCCCCCAAAAUGGGAAAAGGUAAAGGUAAAGGGACCCCUGACCUUUAGGUCCAGUCGCGGAUGACUCUGGGGUUGUGGCGCUCAUCUCGCUUUACUGGCCGAGGGAGCCGGCGUACAGCUUCCAGGUCAUGUGGCCAGCAUGACUAAGCCGCUUCUGGUGAACCAGAGCAGUGCAUGGAAACACCGUUUACCUUCCCGCCAGAGUGGUACCUAUUUAUCUACUUGCACUUUAACAUGCUUUCGAACUGCUAGGUGGGCAGGAGCACGGACCGAGCAACGGGAGCUCACCCCAUUGUGGGGAUUCGAACUGCUGACCUUCUGAUCGGCAAGCCCUAGGCUCUGUGGUUUAGACCACAGCGCCACCGAAGUCCCCCUUUAAAGGUAAAAAGAGGCUCCCGAUCUGGAUACCCAAAACAGGGUUGUGUGUGUGAAGAGCAAGCAUCAAAUAGGCUUAAAAAAGAGAAGCAAAUUUAGCGGGCAGGUCCUUGGGGCCACAUUAAAAUAUUUAAGGGACCGUACGCAGCCUGCAGGCCACAGGUUAGCCCCUCUUGAUUUAAAGCCACAUCCAACCACUUCAAUAGAGGUCCACUUUGGGAACAUGAAUCCUGAUAUUGUGUUACUCCUUCCUACAGAUUUCCCUGUCUAGAUCAUGCUUAUUUAUCUUGGGUUUGCACCAGCUGAUGUUAUCGAAAGAGGGAAGGUUUCAUGCUCACUCCCACCGGCUCUGAGAAUAAGAGAAGCAAAAUAGCUUUCACUCUUGUCAGCCAAAGCACUAAUGCUUAUGGAAAGCUGUGCAUGCCAUCUUAAUUCCCAGUGUCUUUCUUUCAGAGGAAUUCUCGCAUUCCUAUCAGGACCUUAAUUCACAGACGCUGUUAGGAAUCAAUGCAAACCUCUUGCGUUUGCCUUCAUGUGGAAAUAUGAACACACUGCAUUCUCGGUUGAUUAAAAACAUUAAUCUCGAAUAAGAACGAACUGUCAAUACAUGCAGACAGAAUGUGUUUCAACUUCCCAUCUGAGUAGCUGGGCAGCUACAGAUAAGAAGUGCUGGAAACCAUUCAUGUUACAGGAAAGCAUCAGGUAUAAUUAGGAGUUUGCCUACAACCUUUUUCAGUGCAGGAAAGUAUUUUGCAGCCAAUUGCUGCUGAAAGAAAUGGUAUGGAAAACAUGGUCUUGCUUUAUGAUGAGCCACGACUGUAACACUACUCUGAAAUCUAAAGAGACGGCCCCAGGUGACCUUGGGAUCCACUGAUUAAUACAAGAGAAAAUCAGGGCAUUGGCUGAGUAAGCCCUAUAACCUUGUCACUUUCCUGAUGUCACAGGGCUUGUAUUUUUUAAAACCAUAGUCUGUAUUUUUAAUAUAUAUAUAUAUAUAUCAUUUUGCCUUUUAGGGUGCUUACCCUCUCAAGCAAUCAGUAAAGCAACAAUACAAUAAGAUUACAGACAACAUUAAGUAACAUUAAAAUAACUGCAGUAAAUAAAAUCAUUGCUAAAAAAAAUCACCCAGAAGCAAUCUAAAUUUUUAAUAAUAAUAAUAAUGACUCUAAAACCUCAUGUCAUUAUACUUUAAGACAAAGUCUGAUAUGCUCCUUUGCACCAUCAGCAGAGACACUCCCAGGAUCAGGGGUUUGGAUUGCAGGGUUAUGCACCGCCAUCAAUAUUAUGCCAGCCCGAGAAGGGAUGUGGGUGAUGCUGUGGUCUAAACCACUGAGCCACUUGAGCUGUGCCUAUUGGAAGGUCAGCAAUUCAAAUCCCUGUGACAGGGUGAGCUCCCGUUGCUUGGUCCCAGCUCCUGCCAACCUAGCAGUUCAAAAGCAUACCAAUGCAAGUAGAUAAAUAGGUACCACUCUGGCGGGAAGGUAAACAGCAUUUCCAUGCACUCUGGUUUCUGUCACGGUGUCCCGUUGCACCAGAAGCAAUUUAGUCAUGCUGGCCACAUGACUCAGAAAACUGUCUGUGGACAAAUGCUUGCUCUCUCAGCCUGAAAGCAAGAUGAGCACCACAACCCCAUAGUUGCCUUUGACUGGACGUAACCGUCCAGGGGUCCUUUAUCUUUACCUUUGCCUGUCAGCCCAACGUAUUUCCUCAAUAUUGAUUACAGUGUUGGUGGGAGUUAAGAAAAAGACUUGCUAUUUCUACCCAGUAACAAAUAAAUAUAAUUUAACAUAAUUUAAUUGCAAGCCUUUCCUAACAAGAAUUUGGAAACAUCUGUCUUUUGCAGGUACCUCGCCAUCGUUCACCCACUGAAACCCAGGAUGAACUACCAAACAGCAACCUUUCUGAUUGCCAUUGUCUGGAUCGUCUCUCUAAUCAUUGCCAUCCCAUCCGCGUAUUUUGCGACGGAAACCGUAUUAUUCAUGAUCAAAAACCAAAAGAAAAUUUUCUGUGGCCAGAUUUGGCCUGUCGACCAGCAGAUGUAUUACAAAUCCUAUUUCCUCUUUAUCUUUGGCAUCGAGUUUGUCGGACCCGUUCUCACCAUGACCCUCUGCUAUGCCAGGAUCUCGCGGGAACUUUGGUUCAAAACGGUCCCGGGCUUUCAGACGGAACAGAUCCGGAAGAGGCUCCGUUGCCGGAGGAAAACGGUUCUGGUGCUGAUGUGUAUCCUGACGGCCUAUGUCCUCUGCUGGGCACCUUUCUACGGAUUCACAAUCGUCCGUGAUUUUUUCCCCACCGUGUUUGUGAAAGAGAAGCAUUACCUUACCGCCUUUUACAUAGUGGAAUGCAUAGCCAUGAGCAACAGCAUGAUAAACACCAUGUGCUUCGUAACAGUAAAGAACAACACCAUGAAGUACUUCAAGAAGAUCAUGUUGCUCAGAUGGAGGUCCACUUACCAUGGAGCCAAGUCUAGCGUUGAUACCGACAUCAGAACUAGUGCCAUGCCUGUGACAGAGGUGGAUUGCAUUAGGCUAAAGUGA